AUGACUUCCAGUCGGCCGCAAAGUCCAAGAAGUCCUGAAGCGUCAAUCAAUCCUGCACCUCAGCCUCUGCCAGUUCGACCAAGAUCUCAUCGUCGCUACAGCAUAAUCUUUUCCGGUCCGGGGGCUCCGGAAAACGCCGCCACCCCGCAAAACAGGGCGACUGGUGCUUCGGCUUCAAGUCGACCAGCUUCGGCCGAGAGGACGCCUCUGCCAGAUCCCGAGACUGCUUACGCUCACACAUACUACUACACAUUCUGUGCCCACACGUCGCCUCCGAUGUCUCGUCCCCUCAAUGUGCAGCCUACACUUGCGCGGUAUCGCAGGGGUCUUCUUGCGUACCCACCGUUCCAUCUGCGUGCGUACAAUCCCGAUCAAGGAACACCAUCGCCGACGCUUUACGUGCUCGAGGGCUCAUGUUCUGACUGUGAUAUCACAAUGCGACGCCAGGCCGAAUCAAAGGUGUUGGACAGAUACACUCAUGAGCUGGAAAACCUGUCUAUCCAAUUGAGUCUCCUUCGGAAGGACAUCGCUAUUGAAACUUGUAACAUGUCAUUUCCGGACAAAACCGACGAUGCAAUAACCACGUUUUUGUUCCCCUCGACGUUGGAACUCGAGCCUGAGGCGACCCAGGCUAUUUUCGAGAUGGAGGACCGGCUGGACCAAUUUGGAGAGGAUACACUGCGAGGUGGGGUCCAGCUACAAUUGGCAUUCAUCGCGAAGACAAUAUUCGGGGACGAAGUCGAGCAAGGACUGCCGACACACGAGAUACUAUCUCCCAGGAGGAUACAGCGGGCUCAACAACCAGUUUUGGCAUUUUUUCCGAUGACCGAAGUCCCGGAAGGACCUGCACAAUGA